AUGACUACUAAUAUUGAUCCAUCUACUGUCAUUACAAAGAAAAACAACAUCUCAUCAAAAGUGAAAAAGUUAUUUGGUGGAGGAACUGUUAAACCAUUGACGACUACUCCAAAAACGAAUAAUAACACCGACAAGAAAAAGGAAAAUGGCAAAAAUAUUAAUAAUAAUAAUGAUAUGACAUCUUCUUCGUUAUCUAUACCUUCAACGGACAUGAAAACAUCUAGUAGCAUUAUAUAUAACAAUAAAAAUUUGAAAGCUGUGGCAUCAAAGACGGGUUUGCUACACGAAAGUAGCAUAAAAAAUGAUAUCAAAAAGAAACUGGAUAAGUAUGAACAAUCCUUUGAUCUUUUAUCAUAUUCUCCAACACAUUCAAGCUAUUCUUCCUCUGGCACUUCAUCUUCAUCCAACGUGUCUUCUGCUAAUAAGGCUCAUAUCAAUAAAAGUAAUGCUUCCAAGAAGAACAAUUCUCAUUCUCAUCCUCAUUCUCAUCAUCACCACAACCGUCAUGCCACUCAGAACACUUGCACUUAUUAUGAAAACGGUCGUCUCCAUGGAACUCCCUAUCCUAUUGCUCCUCCUCCUAGUUCUUACUCUUCUACUUCUACCGCUAAACACAGCAAGGAAUCCAUAGUAAGGGAGUUAAAGGAUCCGAAAAAGACAGCAAUUACAAGAUUACAAAAAGAGAUAAUAUCUCCUUCCACAGAACCAUCAAAGGCAGAGACAAAAGUUGCCAAAAAGUCAACUUCAUGCUCGACAUCCGCAUCCUCAUCCUCAUUAAAGACUAAGAAGAAUGGAUUCGUAGUACUUGAAAAUGGGCACCACCUACAUAAUCUAAAGAAGACAAAAAGACAAGAAAAAUUAUCAACAAUGAUAAAAAACAUGAUGGGUGGAUCACCAAGUCAAAGAUUGAGAAAUGAAGCCAUAAGUGCUGUCCCUGAUAUUAUCGAUUUACAAAACGCUAAUGCUACUCCUCCAAUUCUGUUAGCUAAUCUUUUGAAACAAAUGGAAAUUAACGCUAAGAAUAAUGCUGCAGCGAAAAAAAAGUCCAAAUCUAAGUCCAAAUCUAAGUCCAAAUCUAAAUCCAAAUCCGAAUCACAAAAUGAGAACGAAUCCGAUGCGACUGCCAAUCUUUUUAAAGGUAAGAAACUUCCCACAUUUGGUGAAAAAUAUGGAAAUUGUCAAGAGGUCUUGGGGAGAGGAGCAUAUGGUACAGUAAGAAUCUGUGUGAAAAAGAUACCAAAGGAGCUAACAAAGGAGCACAGGAUUACCACUGACUGUAUUGCAACAAAACAACAACAAGCUAUAAGGGACAAGAAUAAAAGCGGUGACACUGAAGUCGAUGAUGGAAUGGUUACGCUUUAUUAUGCUGUUAAAGAAUUUACUAUAAGAUCAGGUGAAAACGAAAAAAAGUAUGCUACAAGGUUAUGUUCAGAAUUUUGCUUGACUGCAUCAUUACAACAUACUAAUAUUAUUAGAUCAUUAGAUUUAUUCCAAGAUAUCAAUAAUAAAUUCUAUCAAGUGAUGGAAUAUUGCUCAGGUGGUGAUCUAUUUUCUUUGAUCGUUGCUAAUGGGAAAUUAGAUUAUAAAGAAGCAGAUUGUUUCUUUAAACAAAUAAUGAGAGGUGUUGCAUUUAUGCAUGAAGUCGGAGUUGCUCAUAGAGACUUAAAACCUGAAAAUAUAUUACUAACUUCGAAUGGGACCUUAAAAAUUACUGAUUUCGGUAAUAGUGAUUGUUUUAAAAUGGCAUGGGAAGGAAAAGUAGCUUUAAGUGGUGGUAUUUGUGGGUCAUCUGGCUAUAUCGCACCAGAGGAGUAUAUUCAGGAAGAAUUCGAUCCAAGACCACUAGAUAUUUGGGCUUGUGGUAUUAUUUAUAUGGCCAUGAGAUUAGGUAAACAUUUAUGGGAUGUAGCUAAAAAAGAGGAUCCCCUUUAUAUGAAGUAUAUUAAAGAUAGGACGAAAAAAACUGGUUAUGAACCUAUCGAACGUUUAAAAAGGGCGAGAUGUAGAAAUGUUGUUUAUUCGAUGUUAGAUCCUGUUUCUAAUAGAAGAUUAACAGCUAAACAAGUUUUAAAUAGUGAAUGGGGUAGAGAAAUCGUUACAUGUCUUCAAAGUCGUUCCAUGAAAUAA